AUGUUUUAUGCGGACUUCGUUCUUUCGAAGAAAGGGCCUCUUUCCAAAAUUUGGUUAGCUGCUCAUUGGGAGAAAAAGCUGUCCAAAGCUCAAAUCGUCGAAACCGAUGUCAAUGAGGCCGUAAACGAGAUUAUGCAGCCACAACAAAAACUGGCUCUCCGGACCACAGGACAUUUGCUGUUGGGAAUUUGCCGUGUCUUCUCGAGACAGACCAAGUACUUGCUGGCAGACUGCAAUGAAGCUUUCCUCAAGAUCAAGCUUGUAUUCACAAAGGGAGCUUUGGAUCAACCAAAUCCGACUUUCCCGACGUUCACCAUCCAAGACAUCUACGGAGAGUUCGGCGACAACGUACUGCCAGAGUUUGACGACGAUGAGCUCAAUCAUGCUCCGAUCUGCCAGAGCCGCAUCGACGACAUCACCAUGAAGGAGGACAUUCCGCUCAAGCCGAGCUACGACUACACUGCAAUUCUUGAGGAUGAUGACUUUGGAGAGAUCGCUGCUGGAGUUGCCCCAGAAGACUUCACCCGUAUGCUGGAAGACGUCAACAAGGAAUUCGACGCUCAGGAGGAGGUGAACAGCAAAGGAGCUCUCUUCGGGCGCUAUCGCGAGUCAACUCCAGCUCUUGGUGAAGCUCAUGCUCCAGGAAACAUGAUCUUUGGAGAAGACGACAUCGGUGGUUCCUACGAUGAUGACAGAAAUGAGGAUGAUCACAACUUCCAAAGCACCUCUGAUUAUCAACAUGACAAUCAUAUGCCGAUUGAGGAAAUGGACUAUGGGGAUGACCAAUACAUGCGUUCAGAGCCUCCACUCGGAGAAGAAGAUAAUUAUCGUGACGAGACUCCAUUGCGUUCGGAGACUCCGGCUCGUUCGGAAACUCCACGUGUUCAGAGCCCAACUCCAUCUGUCGCGCCAUCUACCAGCCAGGUUUUGGAGCAGGACACCGUUGAAUCGUUCUACGAGAAGCAUGCACAGAAAAGAGCCCAAGCCAAGGAGCAGACCAUGAAGAAGCGCAAACUUGAUGAUGUCAGAAUGAUUACUGGAGAGGAGAUGAAAGCUAACAUGGCCGAUUAUAGAGAGCUUCUCGUCCAUCUCGAUCUGACUCCACCAACUCGCAAGCUCAUGUGGGCUAAACGCAAGAGUCACGCCGAUUUCCUUAUGCACUUUCCAGCCAUGAUCGGAUUCACCAGAUGCAAGCAGUAUAUCAGAGCCUACCAGGAAAAUCUCACCGUCACCAAGCUUCCAGACAACGACCAGAAGGUUGAGGCUAUCAAAAAUGCAUUGCAGCUCUGGGAGAUAGGAGAGGAGGACCUUCAACAGCAACAGCAGGAGAUGGAAAUGCAGGUUCAGGAUGAUCCAAUCUACAACGACGACUUUGAUGAUGUUGCUCCAAUCGACUAUGACAACUUUGACAUGUGUGACAUUCCACAGGCGUUUGAGCCACAGCAAGAUAUUUCUGAUGAUGAGUCGAUCCCACAGAGAAACCCAUUGUCGCCAUUCACUUGUACCACUGAUGAUGAGGAUGGAUCGCCAAGCGAGAAAAAGAGGAAAUUCGCGGACGACAAAGACGAUAUGGAUGAGAGUGGUAUUGAUGAGGAUAACCGCUGGUCAAAGAGAACUCAAUUGCUGUUGACCACCAUCGCUGGAAAGUUGGACCAGAAUAAUGGACAGAUCGAGCUCGAUGAGAUGUUAAAGAAGGGAACCAGCCGGAAGACUGCAGCUGCCAAAUUCUACUCGAUCCUCUGCCUUAAAAAGAACCAAUGCAUCGACAUUGAACAGAAAGAAUCCUACGGAGAUAUCGUUAUCAAGGCCGGACCAAAUAUCGAUGUCAGCUUGAUCUAA